UAUAGUGGAUUGCAUUUGUAAAUCCACUCCUUCAAAGUUCAAACAAAGACAAAAGCGAAGAAAAAAAUCCCUCCCGCCAUUGACGCGUUUGACCAUUCUUCUUAAGCACGACCAAAAAACCUCCAGAGCAUAGGAAAAAACCAAAAAAAAAAAAAAAAAGAGAAAAAAUAAAAAGAAAAGAAGAAAAACCCAUCUUCGAGACAGCAAUUAUUGGAAGUCUGAAGAAGAACAGAGAGCCACAGAAUUCGAUAAACAAGUGAAAAAAAGAAAAAUAUUGGAUAAUAGUAAAAAAAAAUUUCGAAAAAAGAUCCGUAGAUGAAAGGGAAAUCGAAGAGCUCGAAGAGAAAGCUGGGGUUGGCAACUGCCCUUUUCUUAUGCUCACUCUCAUUCCUUGCUGGCUUGUUUGCUUCCACUUUCUUCUCUCAGGAUGUGCCGAUUAUUAAACCCAGGCUGAGAAGGUUGGAGGUGGUGCAUGUGGAGGGUGAGGAGUAUCGUGAUCCCAUGCCAAUUGGAGAAACCGGGGAGAGUUUGAUUGAAUCUAUCCCGUUUCAGGUUUUAAGUUGGAAACCACGAGCUUACUAUUUUCCCAACUUUGCAACAGCAGAACAAUGCAAGCAUGUAAUUGAAAUGGCAAAGUUGAACCUUAAACCAUCUAAUUUGGCUUUGCGCAAGGGAGAAACUGAAGAAAGCACCAAAGGAACUAGAACAAGUUCAGGAACUUUUAUUAGUACAUCAGAAGAUGAAACUGGGACAUUGGACUUGAUUGAGAAAAAAAUUGCAAAGGCUACAAGUAUCCCUCAGAGCCAUGGAGAGGCAUUUAAUAUUUUGCGGUAUGAGAUUGGACAGAAGUAUGAUUCUCAUUAUGAUGCAUUCAAUCCGUCUGAAUAUGGUCCGCAGUCAAGCCAAAGGGUUGCAUCAUUCUUGUUGUAUUUAUCUGAUGUAGAAGAAGGUGGAGAAACAAUGUUCCCAUUUGAGAAUGACAUGAGAAUUAAAGGCUAUGACUACAGACAAUGCAUCGGUUUAAAAAUAAAGCCACGAAGAGGGGAUGGACUUUUAUUCUAUUCACUCUUCUUGAAUGGCACUAUUGAUCCGAUUAUUUGCAGACAUCUCUUCAUGGAAGCUGUCCAGUGAUCAGAGGGGAGAAAUGGGUUGCCACAAAGUGGAUUAGAGACCAAGAGCAAAAAGACUAAUAAAGUUGCUCAAACAUUCAGAGAUAUCAAUGUUGUUAUUAAUCAUCAUAAAUCAGUGAUUUGUAAAGGAUAACUUUUUUAUGAUUUCACGCCCACUUUUUUUGUCUUUUCUAUUGGCAAUAACCCCGUAACGUGCCCAUGUACACCUUUUAUUAAGGUCGUAAACGGAUUGAAUAUGAAAGAAUGAAUAAAUGUUUGUGGUUUGUUUAUU